GUCUCUCUAUAAUAUCUGAAUGUUUAUUUAUAUUCCUUGACUGAAUAACACGAAGCAGCGCCAUACAGUGCACCCUACCUAUCACCGCCAAGUGACACAAGUUGGAGAAGAACAAACUCUGACUCGGCGCUUCAUACCAGUGCAAUGGUUCCUGAUGUUUUUUCGGGGCCUGCAUCAGUUCCCCCUCAUAGGAGAGACACGAUAGACAACAUGGGUGACCGGUUGAAGCCUGGUCAUUGGGACCCAAAGAAGGGCCAUCAGUCGCUUCAAUCCAGACCUAGGUCAUGUGAGGUACCUGGUAUUAAUAUUUGUCCAUCAGCGGAGCAACCAUCGGAGGCAAGCAACCCGAUACCUAUUUCAAGUAACACCGGAUCUUUACCAGACCUUACCAACCUUCACAUCCCCUCUCCGCUCCCAACGCCUUUAGAUCCUGAGGAUCAGGCGUAUAAUCACAGCGGUAGUGCCACAAACCUCUCACAAAGCAUGCCAUCGGGAGGCCAUCUUGGUGUCGUUGGUAACCAUACAUUACCACAGGUUACUACACACAGUCCACAGGUCAGUCCUCAGAUGAGCCCUCAACCCCAAAGAAGACAAGUGAUGAGUAAUCCGGGUAGUCCUGUUGUCCUUAAUCAAAGAAGACAUUUAGCACCUAGUCCACAGGGUAUCCCAUUAGACCAGACCCCUAGCAUAGUAGUUGAUCAUCAUCAAGAGCAACCUAAUCACCAUUCACAACAGCAAGUUACGCAGGUAGCCCAACAGGUUGCCCAGCAACAACAGCAGCAACAACAACAACAGCAGCAGCAAUCACAACAACAACAAAUGGCAAACCAAGGUAAUAUAUUCCAUCAACAACAAUCACAGCAACAGCAGCAACAACAACAGCAAUCCCAACAGCAGCCACAUCAUCAUUCAAAUCCAGCGAGUCCGCAGCACAACGUUCCUCCUAGCCUCACAUUAGACAUGUCACAAAUGGCUGUAUUACAGGCUCAGAUGCAGCAUUAUAGAGACAAAGGACAGUUUAUGGGUUCUAACGUAUCCUGUUCCUCACCGACUUCACCUGUAUCCAAUCCUAACAAUUCUCCUCUACCAUCUCCUGGUGGCUCCAUGCCAGUUGGAUCUUGUUCUCCUGGCUCCACAUCACCGGUUCCAGGUAACAUGGGUUUAUUCAGUGAUGCUUAUUACCAACAGCAGCAGACCAAUGCUCUACAGUACAAGUUUGAGCAGUUCAACAUGAUGCAGAACUCAGAACAGAAGCAGAGAACGACGUCAACGCCGACGUCACCGACGUUUGUUCUCUCGCAGAAUGAACACGACAUGCAAUCGGGUUUGGGUCUUUCAUAUGGUGCUGUGUACAGCCACAAUCUAGGGGGUAGCCAAGAAUUAAUUCAUCAUGGGAGACCACCUCCAUCUUAUCAGCAAACUCUUAUGCAAAUCCCUCAACACUCGCAUCCCAGCAAUAUUCCAGAUAUUAUAUUCACAGGUGCAGGAGAGUCACCGCCAAGACAAGAGUUAGCUCGUGAAAUCAGCAACGCAAUGGCAAGUGUAGACAGUAACUUUGAGCAUGAUCUUUUGUUUUCGACGGACUCAUUGAACGUUGAUCCUCUUGACCUUGAACACCUUCAGAUGCUCUCAGACAAUGACAUAGUAGCUGACCAAGCCACAGAGGAUUCUUUCAGGCAGGAUCACCGGCUCUAGCCAUCAACGACCCGAUGAACGAUCCAAUCCUUCCCUCACGGGAUGCCGUUCCGCUAUGAGUGUCAUUGUUGGGUCGCUGGUGGUGUGUCUGACAAGGAAUGCGAGUGCCAGGCUCGCGUGUGUGUGCAUAGAAAUGACUUCAUUGGUUGUAUCCAAGCUACUGAGCCAGUGCUGUGAUGCACAGAUUGAUUUAUUGAGCAAUGGAUGCUGCAGAGCUAUGGGAGAGUGCUGAUUUCAUUUAUGAUUAAUAGAUGCUGGUGUGUGAAAAUCAUCAAGGAGACAUUGGAUGUGCUGCUUAUCCUCAUACAGAAGGCGACAAAAAUGGGGCAACGUGGAACGGAGCAAUUCGUCACACUAACAUGUUGGUACUUGUCAAGCUGUUUGGAGAAAAGAAUUAAUGGAAAGUUUCUUAAAUCUUCAGAAGGUAGAACCCUGAAAUGGAUAUUAAGUGAUGUUGUAUCUUGAAUGCCAUAUUCUAUUGUUUGUAGGAAUCAAUUAAGAAUAAAAUAACAUAUUUGGUAGACUGUGCGGGAAAAAUACAGCUCUUUGUGAUGUAAAAAUAUUGUCCCAAACUUAGGUACCAUAUGGGGGCAGGAGUUUUUCAUGAAGCUGCUUGUUGAAUUACGAAUAGCCUUUUAGAACAACUGGAAUGACAUGAGAAAGCAUUCUUUUAUCACAAUCACCUGUUUUCAUUUGCAAGGCUUCAAGCUUCAUCAAACCGACGUAGUUGCUGCUGCACAGCGAGGCAUUAGAAUGAGAUCGUACUUCGGUCUCUAUGUAAAGGGGGUUCUCUAUUGCCGUGGGUAACCUCUGUAAUCCAUCUGGAGCAAGUAUGGAACUUUCAUUCCAAUAAGAGCAACAUGACCUCUAAUAGCAGUCUUGCAAGUGAAAGCUUGUCACAAAACAAGUUGAUUGUGACCGUUUUUUGUGCUAGAUGGAAUACCAAAAUUAUCUCUUUUUUAUGUCAUGGGAGUAAUGAGAAUUCCACGUAUAAUCUUUACAAACAACAACCUGCUUUAAAAUGUACGGAAGCAAAAAAAGUGCCAUUGACUUGACAAGAUCACAAGGUAUUUCAUCUCGCUAUGUCAUCACAACAGGAUACGCAGUGGAUAUAUCUUGCCAUGUCAAUGUAAAAGUUUUUAUCAACCAUGUUGGCAAGACAACUAUCUCACCAUGUCAGCAUACAAUUACUGUUCAUAUGUCAACAUGGCGCAACAAAAUGUCUUGCCAUCUCAUCAAAUUGAUGGUACUUAAAAGCUUCCGUACAAUUUAAUCCAAAUUAUUAACAGCUUUAUAAACCAGAAUUCUGGUCAGACCUAUCUUCAAGUUUAGUCCCAAAGUAAAAUGACCAUUUGGGUAUACGGUAAUGUAAAUCAAAUUCAUUUUCUCAGACUAAUAACAUAACAGAUCAUCACAUAUACAUCUUAUAUACUUUUAUACUUUUUUGUGUGAAUUUCAAAAGUGUUACUCAACUUGGUUGUAGUGUAUAUGAUGGGAUAAUAAAUUCUUUAUAGAUAUUGCAAAUGAACUUUUCCAAUGUUUUCAUCACAUUUAGUUCAUAAUAGUGUACAACAGGUUCAACAACAAUUCGGUCUGUUUGUAUCGUUGGGAAUACUUUCAUCCGAUUUUGUUGACAGAAAGAGCAGAUUUCAGAGAAAGCGUCUAAUAGAAGAGCCCUUUCUGUUGUGGAAAGUCCAACCGGGAUCUGAGUGUGGCAUUCUGAUUGUAAAGAGUUUGUGAUGGUCCAUACUGUUUAAAUCAUUCUAUUCAAACUCUUUGAUUAAUGUUUGUUUAUUGUUUUGUUUAUUGUGAGUAUUGUAUGAAACCGAAGGUUGGCGGGUAAUGUUAUCUAUUAUGUAAAGAGAUGAGUGCAAUUGUACAUUCCAGAAGCACAUGUGUAAAACAUAAAAAUAAGCUGUGGAAGCGAUAUUUCCCGACCUUGCUGCAUUUUUUAGUUGAUUUUUAUUUGAGCUGCAUUUCCAGUAUUGCUACAUUAUCAAUCAAUUUCAAUGUGCCACCAUAAAUAGAUAUUCACUAGUUAUUAACACAACACAAUCAAAUGAAGGUAUUUUAUAUAUAGAGAGAAGCACUUUUAAAGUUGUAUAUCCUAAUUCCACUUUCCUGGUUUGUUCAUAAAUCUCAGCAUUAAGCAUGUAUCAAUUUGAUCUGAUACAAAUCCAAUGGUUGAACUAUGAAACAAGCAAGUUUAACAUAUUUGUUUUUAUCGAAUUGAAGUUGUUUUUAAGCAAUCUAAGCAUGGAUAGUUGUUCAUCGAUGAAAACAAGAGAUAUCGACUGUGAAAAUUUAUCCCAGUAAAUUUGAAAGAAUAAAGACAAUUUAAGAAAAGAAAUCAAGGUGUUCUAUCGUCUAAUUGGGAUUAAGCGAUGAUAUCAUCAGUUUACUUUUAUAACACUCAAGCCUGUUUUCUGAACUUUGGUUCAAUUUAAACCCUGGUUUAAAGUUGUGGUUUAACUAUGGAAAGCCAAUUG